UUCGUUCCUUGCCGUGCUGCGUCUUUCGAAAUCAAUCACAAUGAGGAUUUCAGUGCAAUCUGCUCUGAUCACGCUUGCGAGCACAUCUGCUUGCGCAGGUCAAGGGUACACAAACGAAUCCGAAGUACCACUUUACGGUCAAAGCCCGCCUGUAUACCCAAGUCCUGUCGGAAAUGGCACCAGUAACUCAAAAUGGUCGGCGUCGUACGCUCGCGCUAAGGAGCUUGUUGGACAAAUGACGCUGGAAGAGAAGGCCAACAUCACACGCGGCUUUACCGGACGAUGCGUGGGAAAUUCAGGGGCAAUUCCGCGACUCAACAUUCCGCCACUAUGCUUCGCUGAUGCUCCGGACGGCAUUCGAGGGCAGGAGUUCGUCUCCGCUUUCCCCGCUCAGAUUCACCUGGCUGCGACUUUCUCCAAAGAUCUUAUGUACCAGUACGGCCAUGCAUUGGGUAAAGAGUACCGGGGGAAAGGCAUCAAUGUCGCUUUAGGCCCAGUAGCUGGACCACUUGGACGUGUUGCUCGAGGUGGACGAAAUUGGGAGGGGCUGAGCAACGACCCAUACCUUGCUGGCAUUGGUAUGGGAGCAGUCACUCGCGGUAUGCAGGACACAGGAGUCAUAAGCACUCCUAAGCAUUGGCUCCUCAAUGAACAGGAAUUCCGGCGUCGACCCAACCAGGACGUGGAGGGCGAGGCCCUCUCCAGCAACGUCGAUGACCGAACUCUACACGAGCUGUACGCUUUCCCAUUUAUGGACUCUCUCCGCGAGGGGGCUGGCUCUGUCAUGUGCUCAUAUCAACGUGUCAACAACUCCUAUGGAUGCCAGAAUUCCAAGCUUCUCAACGGAAUUCUCAAGACGGAGCUCGGAUUCGAGGGCUUCGUCGUGAGCGACUGGCAAGCUCAACAUGCUGGUGUUGCGACAGCUAACGCAGGUCUCGAUAUCGUAAUGCCCGAUGGGGGAUUCUGGGGACAAAAUCUCACCGACGCAGUCAACAAUGGUAGCGUCAGCACUGAUCGCAUUAAUGAUAUGGCUACUCGCAUCAUCGCAACGUGGUACCAGCUCGGACAAGACCAAGACUAUCCAGAAAUUGGUGUCUAUUCGAAUCUACAGAAGCACCUUGCCGUGGAAGUCCAAGAUGAUCACGCAGAUCUAAUCCGCGAAAUUGGUGCCGCUGGAACCGUUCUCGUCAAGAACGUCAACAACACGUUGCCGCUCAAGAACCCUAAGUUCCUUACCGUUUAUGGAUAUGACGCUGUUGUAAAAACAAAUCCCUGGCAAAACCCGUCUCGAUUUGGCGGUGGUUACGAAGUCAACUUUGGAUGGAACACGCUAAACGGUACCAUGAUCACAGGCGGAGGAUCAGGGUCCAGUACCCCAUCCUACGUGAUCAGUCCAUUCCAAGCCAUCAAUGAGCGUAUAGCGAAGAAUCGUGGGACUAUUCGCUGGGACUUCGAGUCUGAGAACCCGUACUCUCCGUACGUUAAUGCCGAAGCAUGCUUGGUCUUCAUCAAUGCCUACGCUAGCGAGAGCUUUGACCGAACUAGUUUAACAGACGGAUUCAGCGAUAAUUUGGUAAACAACGUGGCCGCCAACUGCUCGAACACCAUUGUUGUGGUCCACUCAACCGGUAUUCGCACGGUAGAUGCGUGGAUCGAACAUCCAAACGUCACCGCCGUGCUGUUUGGUCUCCUUCCUGGACAAGAGUCUGGCAACUCCAUUGCAGACAUCUUAUAUGGAGAUGUCGCACCAUCUGGCAAACUCCCUUUUACCGUAGCAAAGAACGAGUCGGACUAUGGCGCCCUUCUCAACUCUUCUGUGUCCUUUGAUGCAUUUCCUCAGGAUGAUUUCACAGAGGGCGUGUACAUCGACUACCGUGCUUUCGAUCGCGAUAACAUCGAGCCGCGUUACGAAUUCGGCUUUGGCCUAACGUACACCACCUUCAACUACAGUGGCCUGCAAAUCGCAAAUACCAACUUGCGCGUCGAUUCGCUACCCGACCCGAAUAUUUCCAUCGUCCAGGGCGGUCACCCACAACUCUGGGAUGUAGUUCAAUCUAUCAACGCUACCGUUGGUAACUCCGGAUCAGUUGCAGCGUACGAAGUCGCGCAGUUGUAUGUCGGCAUCCCUGAUUCUCCUGCCAGACAGCUGCGAGGUUUCGAAAGGAUAUGGUUAGCUGCCGGAGAAACAAAGACUGUCACAUUCGACUUGACAAGAAGAGAUUUGAGUAUCUGGGACGUCGUUGCGCAGCAGUGGAGGGUUCAAGAAGGGGAGUAUCAAGCUUGGGUAGGCGCCAGCAGCAGAGAUUUGAGAUUGAACGGGACUUUCAGCAUCCGGAAUUAAAAGUUUGGGGCUGUUCUAGUGCUUGCAUUUCCGCACUUGGGCGGCGCGAUACUUAGUAGUAUGAUGCGUAAUUAAUAUUCAAGUAGUACGUAAUACUGAACAAUGAUAGAUGACUCCACUGCUCUGUGACGGGUUUACCUUCCCUACACUCCUAUGAGGUUAAUCAGUGCGACCUCCAUCGGCCCAUGAUGUUGGCAGCAUCACUCACAUAGCAAACACUUUGAAAUUUUAUGUAAUCAUCAGAAACAAAAUUCAAUGUAUUCACCUCGUUUUCUAAACCUUAUAAAAUCACCAAGCCGUCACGGAAAUCAUCCCCAACACAAACAUCCACCUCUAAUCACCAACCUCUACCUCUCCACAAAAUUCCAUCAAACUAGUCUCCUCCAAUACCCUCCCCAUCAAAAUUCGCUAUUCCAUUCCUACUACUCUGCGAUAAGUUCAGUAGCAGCUGCAAGUAUACUGCUGGAAGGCAUUAUUCAUAGUGCAGCAGCGCGCGGGACAUUUAUCUCCGGAGCACGUGACGUUCUUCUCCUUCUUGGCCUUCCCGCGGGCUUCGAUGGCGAUGGCUUUGGCGGCGUUAGCGGUGGUGAUGCCUUCGGGUUGGGGGAGCGUAGCUGGUGGCCACGAAGGUGGAAAGGAUGGCGAGGGCGAUGGUUGAGAAAUGCAUUGCGUUGGUUUGGGUAUCGACUUAUGAAGUUU